AUGCGCAGGGGUCUUUCUACCGUUUCCAGGAGCGCCACCGUGUUCGGCAAGCAGGCGUGCCUCGCCUCCUCCACCCUCAGGGUUGACCGCAGGGCCUACGCUACCUCGCCUGAGGAUGCCGCCCUUGAGGCUCAGAUCGAGAAGGUCCUCGACCUCGUCAAGAAGCAGGGCAACCUCGGCUCUGAGAAGCUCACCGUGAGGAAGCUCACUGAGCUCAGGCAGACCGUGCCCGAGAUUGAUCGCGCUCUCAGCAGCGUUGGCGACUCGGCCGUCAAGUACAUGGCCGAGCUCGAGAAGCCCGGUGCUGGCCCCCUCUCCGCCGUGCCCCCCGUGCGCGUCACCGUCACUGGUGCCGCCGGCGCCAUCGGCUACGCCAUGCUCUUCCGCAUUGCCAGCGGUGAGAUGCUGGGCAAGCACCAGCCCGUCAUCCUGCAGCUCCUCGAGCUUGAGCCCGCCAUGAAGGCCCUUGAGGGUGUCAUCAUGGAGCUCAAGGACUGCGCUUUCCCCCUGCUCCACGGCGUCACCGCCUCGAGCGACGUCAACAAGGCCUUCGAGGGUGCUGAUUUCGCCAUGCUCGUUGGUGCCAAGCCCCGCACCAAGGGUAUGGAGCGCGGCGACCUCCUCAAGGAGAACGCCAACAUCUUCUCGUCCAGGGCAAGAUUCACCGCCAUGACCAGGCUGGACCACAACCGCGGCAUUGCGCAGCUCGCUGAUAAGCUGAAGUGCAAGGUCACCGACAUUGAGCGCUUCGCCAUCUGGGGUAACCACUCGGCCACCCAGUACCCCGACAUCUCCCACACUCAGAUCAACGGCAAGUGGGCGAAGGACCUCGUCGACGAGAAGUGGGUCAAGGACACCUUCAUCCCCGACGUGCAGCAGCGUGGCGCUGCCAUCAUCGCCGCCCGCGGUUCCUCGUCCGCCGCCUCGGCCGCCAACGCCGCCAUUGAGCACAUGCGCGAUUGGGUCAAGGGCACCAACGGCCAGUGGACCUCCAUGGGCGUCUGGACCGGCAACGGCAAGGUCGGCGACUACGGCACCAGCCCCGACAUCUACUACUCGUUCCCCGUGGUCUGCGCCGACGGCGAGUACACCAUCGUCCAGAACGUCCCCGUCGACAAGUUCUCCGCCGAGAGGAUGCAGAAGACCAACGACGAGCUUGUCUCGGAGAAGAACGGCGUCGGCGAGUUGGCCAAGAGGACGACUGACCCCGCUGCCCUCCUCAAGGAGCAGUACAAGGGCGGCAAGCAGUAA